AGGCACCAAAUUAUUUUCAAACCAAACCUCAAUGUUCCAAAUGCAAAUAAAGUGUACAGUGUUAAGUGUAUACCAAACUUACUCCUACCAAUUAACGAACGCCACAGUGUCAAUGGUAUAAAAAGUGUCGACACUUUCCAUCAUUCCGAACUAACCUUGAAAAGCAACUCUGAACUCACACGUCACGUCACAGAUUGUCACUUCACUGUUAUAAGUUUGAGGUUAUUUUCUUAUUUACUUUGAAGUUUAAAAUUAUAAAAAAUAAUUUUAAUUUGAUUUGUGUUCAGUCUCAGUCCAGGUGUAUAAUUAAUCAUUUUUAAUGUUUCAACAAUCUGACUAAUCAUCAAAUAACAAGUUCAAUUUCCUUCGAAAAAAUUAUGCCCGUUCCCGUAGAAUUCCAGGCCGUCGUCCUGGCAGCUGGCAAAGGAUCUCGUAUGCUAGAAAUCACAUCGGGCCAUCCCAAGUGCCUGUUGCCAGUGGGCCCCAAACCUCUUAUCUGGUACACUUUGAGAAAACUACAAAUCACCGGAUUCAACGAAGCCAUCCUGAUCGUUUUGGAAACACAAAAGGCCGAAAUACAGAGCGCAAUCGAACGGGAACUGGAAGGUAACUCGCUGGAUAUUAAAGUUGAUUAUGUCUCGAUUGCCGAGGACCAAGAAGAUUUGGGUACUGCUGAUAGUUUGAGGCUGGUACAAGAGAGACUGAAAUCUGAUGUGCUGGUAGUUUCUUGUGAUUUGGUUAGUGAUGUUAAUCUCGGCGGGGUAUUGAAUUUGUUUAGAAAACAUAAUGCUUCAAUUGCUUCUCUUAUGUUCUACCAUCAAGCUAGUGAACCGAUUGUGGUGCCUGGCCCAAAAUCCAAACACAAACCAGAAAAAGACUUGAUUGGCAUUGACGAACAAACUCAGCGUUUGGUUUUCAUGGCUUCAGUCAGCGACUUUGAAUCCCAAGUCACUCUACCUUUAAGCCUCCUUAAAAAACAUACUCUUGUAAAAAUGUACAGCACCUUAAUUGAUUCACACGUCUAUGUGCUUAAAAAUUGGGUUAUUCAAUAUUUGAAAAGUGAACGGAGUAUUACCUCAUUAAAAGGAGAAUUGAUUCCUUAUAUUGUUAAGAAACAGUUAUCAAAACCUCAAAAAAUUGACGAAGUUAAUCAGUCAAUAAUUAACACUAAGGACAGUAAUGAUAUAUUUAGUUUUGCUGAAGAAGACGAGCUUGAGUUAGCUAUUAGAGAAAUUUCUUCAUUUAAUGAUCAUAAUGGAGACCUAAAAUCAAGUUAUAACAAUGACCCAAUAAGAUGCUAUGCCUAUAUAGCUCCUAAAGGCUCUAUAGGCCUUAGAGUAAAUACUUUACCCGCUUACUGGUCUAUAAACGGAAAAAUACAAGAAGUAUGGAAUAAAGUUUCCAUAAACAUGAGUUUAAUCCAAAAAAGCCCCCAGGCCAACAUACAAUCGAACCAAGUAGACGAUAAAUGCAUUAUAUCGGAUGGAGCCAAAUUAAAUGAGAAAACAUCAUUUAAAAAUGCCAACAUUGGAACCAACACGACAGUCAACAGCUUCAGUCGAGUAUUCAACAGCAUAGUAAUGAACAAUGUCAUGAUACAUGAAAAGGUUGCAUUGGAAAAUUGCAUUGUGUGUGAUAAUGCUGUUAUUGAAAAAGGUAGCAGUUUGAAGAAUUGUAUUGUAGGGAAUAAUCAUUUGGUUCAAGCUGAAAGUGAAUGUACCAAUGAAUUAUUAACAGAAGAUUUGAUGCAUUUUUGAAUUUUUUAUGUAAAUAAUAUAUUAUGUUUUUGUCUCAUGGGUGGUUAUAUUAUUUUAAUUAGGUGGUUGGUAUUAACACAGAAUUUGUUUUCUUGUGUUUUGGGACAAGAAAAUGAAAAUACAUACAUGACUAUUCUAUUCUUUGGCCAAUAGGCUCCUUGCAUCAAAUUUUUUUAUUGCUGAUUUCGAU